AAGCUGACGCCAGACGCGAGCUGUUCCAUUGGUGGAGUAAAGAUGGCUGACCAAGGCGCCGCAGAUCCUGGUAAUAACAACAAUAAUAAAGCCGAAGCGUCGGAGGGAACUAUUAUCAAGGUCACAGUGAAAACCCCGAAAGACAAAGAAGAAAUCGCCAUCGCAGAGGAUGCCUCCGUCACUCAGUUCAAAGAAGAGAUCUCUAGGCGGUUUAAAGCCAAACAGGACCAGUUGGUUCUUAUUUUCGCGGGGAAGAUCUUGAAGGACGGCGACAGCCUCAGCCAACACGGCAUCAAGGAUGGCCUGACAGUUCACCUAGUCAUCAAGACGGCACACAAGGCAGGAGAAGGUGCCAGCCCCACGGCCUCUAGCUCAACCUCCACUCAAGCAGGAACUUCAUCCACCUCUAGUCCAGGCACCGAACCCUCCCCCACAGCAGGUUCUACUGGCUCUGCCCCACCACCCACACAGACACCCAACAUACUGAGUGAGUCCACCCCUGGCUUUGGUGACCUAUCCAGUCUGUCUGGACUGGGCAUGGGCUCAGCUAACUUCAUGGAACUGCAGCAGCAGAUGCAGAGGCAGCUCAUGUCCAACCCAGAGAUGCUCUCUCAGAUCAUGGAGAACCCACUGGUGCAGAACAUGAUGUCCAACCCUGACCUGAUGAGGCAGAUGAUCAUGGCCAAUCCUCAGAUGCAACAGCUGAUGGAACGCAAUCCUGAGAUCUCUCACAUGCUCAACAACCCCGAGCUCAUGAGACAGACCAUGGAGCUGGCCAGGAACCCAGCCAUGAUGCAGGAAAUGAUGCGGAACCAGGACCGGGCUCUGAGCAACCUGGAGAGCAUCCCAGGAGGUUACAAUGCCUUGCGAAGGAUGUACACAGACAUCCAGGAACCUAUGUUCAGUGCUGCCAGGGAACAGUUUGGUAGCAACCCGUUCUCAGCUCUAGGUGGCAACUCUGAGUCUGGUGUCCAACCAUCACGGACAGAGAACCGGGAGCCUCUGCCCAAUCCAUGGGGCCCACCAAAUUCUUCUAACCCUCCUGAGAGUGGCGGGAGCACCACAGGAAGCACUAGCACCACCGGAGGGACCAACCCCAGUGUGUCCAAUCCUCUGGGCAUCAAUCCAGGAAGUCUGGGCAAUGGCAUGUUCAACAGCCCAGGAAUGCAGAGUCUACUGCAGCAGAUCUCGGACAACCCUCAGCUGAUGCAGAACAUGCUGUCUGCUCCCUACAUGCGCAGUAUGAUGCAGUCACUGUCUCAAAACCCGGAGUUGGCCUCCCAGGUCUUGAUGAAUAAUCCCUUGUUUGCUGGAAACCCUCAGCUGCAGGAUCAGUUCAGAGCUCAGCUACCCGUCUUUCUGCAGCAGAUGCAGAACCCAGAGGCCCUGUCAGUGAUGACCAACCCCAGAGCCAUGCAAGCUCUAAUGCAGAUCCAACAGGGUCUCCAGACGCUGCAGACAGAAGCGCCAGGCCUCAUGCCGAGUCUGAUGCCAGGAGGAAUUCCUGGGAUGCCAACAGGAGGAAUUCCUGGGAUGCCAACAGGAGGAAUUCCCGGCAUGCCAACAGGAGGAAUUCCCGGGAUGCCAACAGGAGGAAUUCCCGGAAUACCAACAGGAGCCGGCAUGCCCACAGAGAACCCGGCCUCCUCACCCAGCAGUGCAGGAACGAACACUGCCCAGCAGCAGCUGAUGCAACAGAUGCUACAGAUGUUUGCUGGAGGAGGAGGAGGAGGUGCAGGAGGAGGCGCAACGAUCCAAACCCCAGAGGUGCGGUUCCAGUCCCAGCUGGACCAGCUCAGCGCCAUGGGCUUCAUCAACCGCGAAGCCAACCUGCAGGCCCUCAUUGCUACUGGAGGAGACAUCAAUGCCGCUAUUGAGAGACUGCUGGGCUCACAGCCCUCGUAAAGACAUACAGUGCACACUGACACACAGACACGUGCAUACAUACACACCUAACUCAUACACACACACCCAGCAUCUACAGAGAACCAAGAGAAAUUUAAGUGUAUCGUCCCAAACUUUACAGAAAACAGCUCGGGCAGGAUCUGUUAGGCUCUCAUUCUGCAUCUGUUCUCAGAUCAUUCCCUAGUCCCCAUACUUUCUCUUUUUGGCGUCAUUCACCCAGAUCUGUCCCAGAGUGCUGCUGUAGAGCCGGACUUGCCCACUCUCACCUUUGAGGGGUGUUCUGGUGCAGAGACGAGGAGCAAAAAACCUCCCCAGAGAAGGGAUUCCCGAACCAUUUCUUAAUUCAUCGUUGUCCUCACAUAAAACUGGGGUGGAGUGUUGCAGACAGACAUUUACACAGUACACAUUAAACCCAUGUGAUGUGAUUGGCUGUUGUUCAUACAUGGCCAUCAUGAGACGGGUUGUUAGCCUUUCACUAGCAGAUUAAUACAUGAAGGGCUUCAUGAAGGUCUUCUGGUAUACAGACGGAACAUGGACAGGAAUCUUGUCCAGGCGUUCUAUCCCAUUCCGUGCUCUUCCCUGUUCUUGAGUUUCUACACAAAAAGCUGUUUUUGCCCAGCAGUUUUUCACUAUUUAUUGCAAGCGCUUCAGAAAAUGACGCCCUACAUACUUCCCUAAACUUGUAAUUUGUCAUUCCGGAUAAAAGUGCCCACUCUCAGGUGCACAGUGUCUUUUUCCUUCUGAGGCACCACUGCUGUGCCUUCUGUCCUCCCAUGCCCUGUAAGAGUAUUGUCAGCAAAGUACACCGUCACUCAGCGGGUUAAUUAGAAAACCCCACAAUAAAUUCCACACACAUCAUCCAGAAGUGUAACCAUAAUCAAAUAUCACAUUGCAGCAUCUCUGAAGCAGGGGACACUGUUAGAAUGAAUAUGAAUGAAACAAACCAACUUUCUUUCAUUUUAAUCUGAUUCUUCAUUUGAUUUUAAUUUUAUCCUUUUUUUUUUUUUGAGGUGCAGUUAGUACCUAGACAUACUUAUGAUUUGUCUCGCAUAAAAUAAACGUGGAAAUCAACUGAGUAAAAGAUUAAAUAAAUAAAGAAUGGAAAGGCUUUACCAACACUUGAAGUAUGGUGGCACCAUAUGUUUCUAAAAUCAAAUUCUAGGUCAUCUUAUUCUUUUUUUCCUUUUGAAAAUCUCAGCAUUGUAGUUGUGGUAACCUUGGCAACUGCUUUGAUAGCUUUGCUUUGUCUGUUGACCUCAGCUGAAGAAAAAAAAACCAUCUCCCAAUUGAACAUGUUGGAACUAACUUUUAACAGUACUGUACUAAAAAAAUAAAUAAAACAUGGUCAAAAACA